GAACUCGUUGGAAUCGUUAUGUUCCUACUUGUCAUGGCGGUAGUAUUAAUUGAGGCGAUGCUCACUUUGGCAUCUGAUAUCCCCGCACCAAGGCGCGAUGCCGAGUAUCCACCACCGUACGUACUUGAGGCAUCCAAGAAACCGCACAAAAUGUGUGUGGCCAACACGGGUGUUAGCGAAGAAGCAAUCGUGAGGUUCAGCGACGGGGACCUUUUCGAGGACGAUGAAAAACUAAAGUGCUACAUGCAGUGCCUUUUCGAAAAGUUUCGAUUCACGGACGACAAAGGGGAGCUACAUUUAGGGAAACUUUUGGACUCUGUACCGGAAGAUUUUGAAGACAUUGCCCUGCAGAUGGGAUCUAGGUGCACGAAGCCCAAGGGGAAAACGCAAUGCGAGCGUGCAUUUUGGUACCAUAAAUGUUGGAAAACUGCUGAUCCCGUGCAUUACUACCUGGUUUAAAUUAAAUUACCGCCCAUAUGAUUCCAUAUGACUUUAAACUUUGAAUAAGAAUAGAAUAUUUGAUAAAUAUUAAAAUGAGUUUUAGCACUUGAACAC